AUGCCACUCUUUUCUAAUGUCCCAGCGCUUCGCCUGACCCUAGCCUACGCUCUGAACGAGCCGUCGUGCCUGCUUCCACACAAAACCAUUCCGACCCUGCUCCCACUCCCACUACCCAUUGGCCCUUGGCUUCCCUCUCUCAAUGUCGUCGGCAAGAAACCUACCAUUCGUGCGCUUGUCAUAGACAAAGACAACACCCUGUGUCCACCGGAGACGGUGAAACUGCACCAGGCAUAUCUACACAAGAUCGAAAAGAUCAAGGCGAGCGACGAGUUCAGCCACAGCCCGCACAGCAUCUUGAUCGUUUCCAACACUGCGGGAAGCUCCUCUGCGCCGGAACAUGAAGCUGAGGCCAAGCAGCUGGAGACGGAACUGGGCCUUCCUGUCCUGAGACAGCAUCCCGAGCGCAAGAAACCGUUCUGCGGGCCGGAUAUUCUACAAUACUUCAAGGACCAUGGCGUCACAGAGGAUCCCAAAGAGAUCGUAGUUGUGGGAGAUCGCCUGGCCACCGACGUCCUCCUGGCCCGCGAGAUGGGGAGCUGGAGUAUUUGGACCCGCGACGGAUGGCGUAAUCCGGAAAUUCCUGGGCGAGACUACAGGGGAUUCUUCAGUAGGAUGGAGAGCCGCUUCGAACGAGUUAUGCGAGGUGGGAUGGGAAGGGUAGCUCCACUACCAAAGACUGUAUCAUCAUGA